CCGCCCCGCCCAGCAGUCCUGUCCUUCCUUCCGUCUAGACAACAGAAGUACCGCCCACGAGCGGACAGCUUAGCAGGGAAGUCUUGUAGUUCAUAUUUCUGCGCAGGCGCCCUAACCCCACAGCUGGCUUGGCUCCAGCAGCCAUACCUGCUAUGGCACCUCCGCCGCUGUCGCUGCCGCUUUGCGUUGUGUCGACGAGCUCUGGCUCGCCCCACUUGGUGUGCUACUGCGUGAGGGAGAGUAAUGGAGAGGGGUUCCGCGACGGCUUCAACCUCUGUGUGACGGACGCCGCGGAGCUCUGGAGUACCUGCUUCUCACCUGACAGCCUGGCAACAUUCAAAGCCCGAUCUGGCUUAAGUGGGACUGAAGAUAUCUCUUCCCGGUUCAGGGCAGCCUGCCAGCAGCAAGCAGUGACUGUAAGCCUGCAAGAGGACAGGGCAUUGAUGACCCUUUCAGGGGACACCUCUGCACUGACCUUUGACCUCUCCAAGGUGCCCAGCCCAGAGGCAGCCCUCAGGCUGCAGGCUUUGACUCUCAGCCUGGCAAAGCGUGUGUGCAACCUAGAGAGGCAGCUGGCAGCUGCAGAAGAAACCACUGCUAGGCCCAGGAAGAACACCCAGCCAGCAGUCCCUCACCUCUUCUUAGCAGAACUUGAUCACCAGAGAGGCAGUUCUGGACCUGGGGUCAGGAAAAGGUGUCCAGGGGAGUCUCUCAUCAACCCUGGCUUCAAAAGGUAGCGGCGAACAGCCCACAGUUCCAUGGGGAUGGGCGCCUGGCGGAAGUGUGAACACACGGUCUGCGGGUGCAAAAGAGUGUGAUGAGGACCUCACUCAACAACCCUUCUACCCACACCUACCAGCUGGUCCCUUACUCACAUCCACAAUGUGCAGCUUGGGCAGCAGGCUGCAGUCAGCAAGUGUGAACCGGUCACCAUCUAGGAAGCGGCGGCGGGACUCAGGAAGUUGUGGUUCCUGUGCCAGUUCAUGGUCCAGAGGUGCACGCAGGAAGCUGUCUAGUCUGGUCAGGGCACGGAGCAGCUGCUGAUACAGGGCUUGGGGACAAGGGCACAGUGAGGACUCAGCCUUGGCCUUGGGUUAACUCUCCUACCUCUCACUGCUGGCCUGUGUCUCACCAUUGUCCUGUGCAGGCACUGGGUUCUUGAUAAAGGCAGAGAAUUUGUGGAA